AACGGGAGGCGACGCCUGCGCCUGCGCACUGGGCGGCGGCCGGGCAGUGGUUGCCCUGGCAUCAGCGAACGGGGAGGCGGCGGCCGCGUUGUGCCGCCGCUGGAGCCUCCCGGAGCCGGGAUCUGCCUGCGGUGGGCAAGGAGCAGCAGAAACGCCUGGGGAGAACCGGCUGGAGGAACCCGGCCAGGAUGAGGGACCGUCUGGCCGAGCUGGCAUCGCGCACUCAAAAUGAAGAUGGAGAAGCGACGGUUGUCGUUGAGAGUGACCAUUACAUGGAAGACUUUUUCCUACAGGUCGAGGAAGUUAGGAAAUAUAUCUCCAAAAUCUCAGAUGUUGUAGAAGAAGUGAGGAAGAAACACAGCGUCAUCCUCUCGGCCACACAUCCAAAAGAUAAAACAAAGGAAGAACUCGAAGAACUGAACAAAGAAAUCAGAAAAACAGCCAACAUCGUCCGUGUUAAAUUGAAGUCCAUGGAACAAGGUUUAGCUCGAGAGGAGAACAUCAAUCGAACCUCUGCAGAUGUCCGGAUACGAAAAUCACAGCAUUCAGUGUUGACCCGGAAGUUUGUGGACGUUAUGACGAUGUAUAACGGAACUCAAACCGUCUUCCGGGAACGUACGAAAGACCAGAUCCGCCGUCAGUUGGAAAUAACUGGAAAAACCACCACGGACGAAGAACUAGAAGACAUGCUGGAAAGUGGCAAUCUUUCCAUUUUCACUUCGGAUAUCAUUUUGGACACCAAACUGACCAGAGCAGCCCUCGAUGAAAUUGAGUCUCGUCAUAAAGAUAUUAUAAAACUGGAAUCGAGCAUACAGGAAUUGCACGAAAUGUUUAUGGACAUGGCGAUGCUGGUGGAGGUUCAGGGCGAAAUGGUCAACAGCAUCGAGAAGAACGUGAUGAACGCCGUGGAUUACGUAGAACACGCCAAGGAAGAGACCAAGAAGGCCGUCAAAUACCAAAGUAAAGCUCGUAGAAAAAAAUGGAUUAUUGUCAUUAUUGUGCUGGUGCUGUUAGCUCUACUGGCUCUAAUAAUUGGCUUGGCAGUUGGGGUGCCGUGAUGCUUAGAUAAUUGUCCGUCAGCAACUUGUCCCUGCUACCUCUCAAAACUGAUGUUCAUGCUAAUUUGUGUCACUCUCUUCAUUGUUAUCCUUGGAAUUAUCCUAGCGGCACACUUCUCCUAGCCUGUAUUCGGAGGUUGGGAAUCUCCUUGAAACUCUUCCAACUUCUCAUCAGGAUGCCUUUUCUUGCCAUAACGAGGAUGUUCUGUUUUCCAAGAUGGCAAAAUUAAGUAGUUGUUUAAGCAUUUUAUAGGACUCUUAACGCUUUGAUAUCUGUAGACCUGAACCAAACAUGAAGGAAACUGGAACACCUCCGAUGUGGACUCAUUUAAGGGCUGCUUUAAUUUACAUACAUGCAUAUAUAUAUGAUGAGUUGCAAAGCUUCCAGCACAUCAGUGUUACCAGUUGGAAAUGGGUAGAAUUCAUCACCCAGAAAACAAGAGAUCUCGAAAUGUUUGUCUUGUUUGAAACUAAAGCAGCCAUAAAUGCAAUUGACUGUAGUCUAUGUAGACUGAAGGUAUGUUUCACGAUAAUAUUUCCAUUUUAUUUUUAAAGCAAAGAAUGAUUGAGACCGGGGGCAUAAAAUUGCUUUCUCUUCUCUCCGGUUUUCGUGCUUUUUUAAAAUCAUCUUAAAAACUGCUGCAUAAUAAAAUGUUUUUAACGUUUUAAUCGCUUCAAGGCCACAGAGUGGGAAUCUUUAAGUGCCUCCUUUUUUAGUGGCGAAUCUGCGAACUGUUUUUGAGAAACAUCAGCACUGUCGUUAAAUAAUGUUAGUUUACUUAUGGUCCCAGACUGACCCGGUUCACACAUAAAGCUGGGGCAAAAUUCAGUCUUCGUGCUCAACUGUCCUCCAGCUGAGCAAAAACUUGUUUCUUUUUAUACAGAAAGUAGUUUGGCAUUACUUUUGAGCCAGCGAUCCUAGUUUAGGAUUUUAAACAGAGUAGCAAAUUAACUCAGGGCUUGAAAUUGACACGACUUGAGCAUUGACCAAAGUUUGUUUGAAACCAUCUUGUCCACUGACGUUCACAAUAAGCCAGUUUAGUUGCCCCAUAAAACGAAAUUAACCUUGAGUUGAAUCCUGUGAGCCUUCAGAGGACGAAGAAAGUGUGCAGGAAUCCCAAUCCUCAGCUCUGCGCAAAGCUAACACUAAACCCAACUUUAGUGUCACGUGUGAACCGAAGCCUUCCUCGUCUUAAAAGAUGUAUUUUGACUGUGAAGUUUUAUUAAGCUAUUUUUGUUUUGUUCUAAUUUCAGAUUUUUGUCUUUCUAAACCCUCAGAAAGCAUAGCAUUGUUGAAAUAAGUGUGGGGUGGGUUGCGCCUGAUUUUAAGCUGCCUUUGAUGCAUCUUUGAACCCCUUCAGUCAAACUGGAGAAAGACCCGUUUUGUGUGAAACAGGUUCUCGUGUGCGAUGUGAGUUUGCAAAGCUCUUCCUGCAGCUCUCCAUAAAUUUAGCAAAGCAACUGCAGAAAAUGAAUUUUUAGGUUGCACACACAAGUCUAAGGGAAAACGAAGAGGCCUUCAAGUUGAAUUUUAUUUUUUAAUUCACCUAAGGUGGAAUAUGAAAGGAAGGGGCUUACUUACUAAUGGAGUAAAAUUGGGAUUGCAUUACAGUUUUGCCUAAAGUGCAUUCAGUCCUUCCUUUCUUGUUGCCAACCAGCUGAGGAAUUAUGACGAACAUUGGUCAUUAUCUUUUUAAGGCUUUUGUCUUAAAACAAACCUUGAUUUUGUCGGGAGAGGUGAUUCCAAAAGUUGAUGUGGUUUGCAAAGGAUCUGUUUAAUGGUGGUUAGUUGCACUGAAGUCCCACAGACUUUUUAACGGGGUGUGGGUUACAUAUUUUCCUCUAGAUCUGAACCCAAAAUGUCCAGCUGUUAAGAAUUUUUAAAACAAUUCAGAGGCAACCAAAACAAGUUGUAUCUUAACCUCGCUUUACUUUUUUUUGUUUUGUUUUGGUAUGGUAUUAUCCCUGUAAAUAUAUGUACAUGUAACUGAUUUGCUUUCUUAUUGUUAAAAUAUAUAUGUAGCUAUUUAUGCCGAGAAUGAAAUAAAUUGUGAUAG